GCGGGUGGGCAGGUGACAGCCAGGGCAGGGAGAUUUGCCCAGACGCUGAUGUGCAGCAGCCUGGCAACCCGUGUGGCCCCGAGGAGACCAGGGGCUUCGGGAGCUUGUUCCAGAGCCCUGGCAGCGGCCUUCGCCAUGGGCAACAAGCAGUCAGUCUUCACUCAUGAGCAGCUGGAAGCAUAUCAGGACUGCACCUUCUUCACAAGAAAGGAAAUCAUGAGGCUUUUCUAUCGCUACCAGGACCUGGCUCCCCAGCUUGUCCCACUCGACUAUACCAGCUGUCCUGAUGUGAAGGUGCCCUACGAGCUUAUCGGCAGCAUGCCUGAGCUGAAGGACAACCCAUUCCGCCAGAGGAUUGCCCAGGUGUUCUCUGACGAUGGGGACGGCCACAUGACCUUGGACAACUUCCUGGACAUGUUUUCCGUGAUGAGCGAAAUGGCUCCCCGUGACCUCAAAGCCUACUACGCUUUCAAAAUUUAUGACUUCAACGAUGACGGCUACAUCUGUGCGUGGGACCUGGAGCAGACGGUGACCAAGCUGACGCGGGGGGAGCUGAGCGCCGAGGAGGUGAGCCUGGUGUGUGAGAAGGUGCUGGGCGAGGCCGAUGGGGAUCACGAUGGGCGGCUCUCCCUGGAAGACUUCCAGAACAUGAUCCUGCGGGCACCCGACUUCCUCAGCACCUUCCACAUCCGCAUCUGAGGGCACCGUGGAGAAGCCGGGUCAGAGGAGGCCGGCGUGACCCGUCACUCCACUGUGGAAUCCGGCCUCCCUGGGUUCUGGGAAUAAACACAUGGC